AUGCCGCUAAUAGAUCCAUAUCCUACUUGCCUCAGUUCGUCGUCGUCUGCGAUCGUCAUGCUUGUUGAAUUAUCUCUCAUAUGGAAACAGCUCAACCUGACGCUCACGGUACCUUCGUCUCAACUCCAUUUUCUUCAGUCGCAGAAAGAUGCCUUCUGCCAGUCGCUAUCAACGUACGAAAACGAGGGAAAUCUGGGGUCGCCGCUGGAACUGUGCUUGAAAUUCGUUGAGUUCCUGAUCGAACAGCAUUCUCCUCGGUCGGCACUAGCCGCCGUUUUACGUGCAUUUGAGUCUCGAUUCUUGCAAGGUGACGAAGAAAUCCACUCCAAAGUUGUUCAGUCAAUCCCAGAUCCAAAAGGACGACAGGACUAUCUAACAAUAUACUACCGCGGCCUUGAAUUAGGCGGGCACGGCGACUCUGAAAGCCACGGUCUCCCGGCCCGCAACCGGAUGGGUGCUCUGUUGCAGCAUGCUCAACAGAACAGGUUUCAGUUGCUGGCGGUCUUCGGUGGCCAAGGCGAAGCAAGUCGGACGUGCGUACAAGAGCUGAUAAAUUUGUACGCCACCUAUGAAUCAAUGCUACAUUCUUUUUUCGGCACAGUUAGCGAUCUACUCAACAAACUCUCAAGUCUCCCUGAAUGUGUGCCAUACUUUGGCGCGCAACCGUUGGACCUGCGCUCCUGGGUCAACAAUGACUCGGUCAUUCCAGAUAGCCUUUACAUCGCUCAAGCACCGAUAAGUGUGCCGGUGAUAGGUGUGUUGAGCCUGGCGCGAUACUGCGUCACAUGUCGCCUCCUGGACCUGAGCCCGGGCGAGUUGCGUACACUGUUUCGAGCGACGACAGGCCACUCACAAGGACUUCUGGUGUCAGCGGUCAUUGCAAUGUCCGAUUCAUGGGACAGCUUCUAUGAAAAUAGCGGUUUGGCGGUAGAAGCUCUAUUUUGGUUAGGUUGGGAGUGUCACCGAGGCGCGCCGCGCACUCCGGCAUCAGCAGCAAAUUCGGCCAGCGGCUAUGCGGACGAAUGCAAUAUGCCGUCUUAUAUGCUCAGCGUGCGUGGAGUAAAAAGAGGGAGACUCGAGUCAAUUAUAGCUCAAAUGAAUCGGGUCUUACCUGUUGGUGGGGAAGUACAUCUGGCACUGAUCAAUGCUCUGGAUCAAUUUGUGGUGGCCGGCCCGUCGACAUCUCUGGUUCACCUCCACAGCUAUCUGACAGAGGUCGUCGGCUCUAACAAGGAUCAAAGCCGGGUUCCGUUCAGCAGCAGAAAGCCUUGGAUUCAUUCUAGCUUUCUCCCGAUCAGCACAUCCUUUCAUACACCUGUCCUUACAGAAGCCGCAGACGCACUGAAAAAUCGAUUCUUUAAACACAAAAUAGUCGCUGAGGACCUUAAAAUCCCUGUGUAUCAUACGCAUACUGGCCAAGAUCUAAGAGAAAGCAGAGGGAACAUACUGCAUACUAUUUUUGAUGCUAUUGCGCGAGAACUUUGUGAUUGGCCCUCGGCAUUGACAGGAUCGUCACACUUGCGAAACUCCAUGCACACCCCAUCUCAUAUCAUCGUUUUCGAUCGAGGUGGACUGGGACUAUUGGUGAAGAAGGUCCAGGAAGGAAGAGGAAUCAGGGUCAUACAAGCUAGCGACCUUGAAUCUCGUGAUCCCGAGAUUGGAACCAUGCGCGACCUCUUCUCGCCGCGGCUUCUCGAAACAUCGACCAGGGUUCAGAGCUGGAGCCAGCGAUAUCAGCCACGCCUUGUGAAUGGAGGCACAGUCACGCUAGAGACACGGUUGAGCCGUUUGCUGGGUUCACCUCCAAUAAUGGUUGCUGGCAUGACUCCAACGACUGUGCAUUGGGACUUUGUUGCGGCCAUAAUGAAUGCUGGUUAUCAUGUUGAACUGGCUGGCGGAGGCUAUCGCAACAGCUCCGAUAUGUCAGCAGCAAUCAACAACCUGGUCGAUAAUGUUCGUCCUGGCCGAGGUGUAACCUGUAAUCUCAUAUACGCGAGCCCUCGUGCAAUGGGCUGGCAGGUCCCUAUGCUGCGUCGCCUUUCGCACGAGCGAGUACCUAUCGAUGGACUCACGAUCGGUGCGGGUGUGCCUUCAGGGGAGGUCGUUUCGGAAUAUAUCCGCACACUUGGUUUGCGUCAUAUCAGCUUCAAACCCAGCUCGGUAUCAACGAUACGGCAAGUCGUGGAUAUCGCCAAGACGCAUCCUGACUUUCCUAUCAUUCUACAGUGGACGGGUGGUCGAGGCGGCGGGCAUCAUUCUUAUGAGGAUUUCCAUGCUCCUAUUUUGAGCACAUAUAGCAGUAUCCGACAGCAGCCGAACAUCUACUUAGUCGCUGGUAGUGGCUUUGGAGAUAGCGAGAGCAUCUAUCCAUAUCUCACUGGGCAGUGGUCUGUUUCGCAUGGGUACCCUUGCAUGCCUUUCGAUGGCGUUCUGCUGGGUAGUCGCUUGAUGGUGGCACGGGAAGCACACACCUCCCCUGCUGUCAAGCGAGUCAUCACGAAUACUCCUGGCGUUCCUGAUGACCAGUGGACGAACACAUACUCCAGGCCAGCUGGAGGAAUUCUUACCGUCCGGUCGGAAAUGGGUGAGCCUAUUCACAAGGUUGCCACUCGAGGGGUGCAGCUGUGGGCAGAUAUGGAUCAGACAGUAUUCAAGCUACCCAAGAAGGAACGGGUCGCAUAUUUGACCAAGAAUCGGAAACAUAUCAUACGACGCCUGAAUGCAGAAUUUGCAAAACCUUGGUUUGGUCGGAACUCUCACGGUGUUGUGGUGGAUUUGGAAGAUAUGACAUACGCCGAAGUACUGCAUCGCAUGGUUGACCUGAUGUACGUCCGGCACCAAAAGCGGUGGAUAGAUCCUUCGUAUGUGAGCUUCGUCUUGCGUAUCGCAAGUCGCACGCUGGAGCGGCUGCCGUGUGCUCAAAUCGACUGUCACGCCGAUCUGACACAUGCAGUGCUCUCGGAGAACCCAGAUUUAUUUCUCUGCUCGAUUUGUGAAGUCUGCCCUGCAACUAAAGACGAGAUACUCAAUCCAGAAGACGUCUCGUUCUUUCUUCUGGAAAGCAAAAAGCCCAACCAGAAACCCGUCAACUUCAUACCAGCCUUCAAUGAAGAUUUCGAGUUGUACUUCAAAAAGGACUCUCUUUGGCAGGCGGAGGAUAUUGAAGCUGUGCCUGACCAGGAUCCUGAACGAGUUUGUAUAUUACACGGACCAGUGGCUGCACAGUAUUCUGUCGAUCGUGAUGAGUCGGCGCAAGAGAUUUUGAACAACAUCAUGGGUGGGAUCAUUGAGCGGGUCCAACGUGAUACUUGCUCGGAAGACUCAACAUCCAGCUCAACUAGUGGUUUAGCCACCCCUGACAGUUGGUCGUCGAUUUCGGGGAUGAGGGAGAUAGCCGUGGAUGAUAUAUCCACCCCAAUGUCCAGUUCGACAUCCGAUGCGCUUGACGACAGAUCUGUGCACGUUUCAGCGGCUGCAAUAAGCCUAUCACGGAGCUUGCCUCCAUGGAUUCGUGCAGUAUUAGGAGAGCCAGUGUUGCUGCAGAAUCAACGGCGGCAGAGGAACCCAUUCCAGCAGUUCAUUGCAGCUAAUCCCGCUGCCAUCUUUCACUAUGAUGCAGACCGAGGCGACAUCUCGGUCUGUGUUCAGGAUACAGGUCGGAUAACUUCGUCGAUGAAACUUUCAAGUCCGAAUGGUGUGAAUAUUGUUCUGGAACUGUACCCCCCUCAGAUACUUGAGCCACUGAGACUGUUCUAUCGCUUCGAUCCCAGCAGUAUCCCCUUCAGUCUAAGCGAGAUUAUGGAUCAUAGAAACGCUCGUGUCAAAUCAUUCUACAGCCGCCUAUGGUUCGGAGAAGACGUCUCGACAGGUGGUAGUAUCCAUGAUACUUUCUACGGGAAAGAGAUGACACUCACCGAGCAGGUGCUUCAGGACUUGAUCGCGGGUGUGGGCCCGGCCUUCCCAGACCCGCGGCUUUUCUUUCCUGACUCUGAUGUCUUGCCGAUCAGCGUCGGUAUUGUCAUAGCCUGGGAUGUCCUCACCAAACCUUCGGUACUCCGGGUUCUAGGCGGUGACCUCCUCCGGCUGGUACAUCGCUCAAACUCGUUUGAAUAUUGCUCUGGUGCGGCGAUGCUGCGCAUUGGUGAUACUGUCAGUUCGCAGUCCCAGGUCCGGGCCGUAUAUGUGGAGGAGGCAGGCAUGGUUGUCGUGGUGGAGGCUCAGAUCAUGCGCUCGGGUAAAGCAGUUCUCACAGUCACAUCGACAUUUUUAUUCCGAGGAACCUUUGCUGAAGACGGAGACUUCUUCAGACGCAUUAAGGAGCCGCAGCGACAGCUUCAGAUAAAGUCUGAGCUCGAUGAGACCGUACUCCGACGACGUGAGUGGUUUUGCAUGGAGGAUGAUACAGUAUCACUGGUUGGGAAGACUCUCUUGUUCAAGCUGGAAACCCACACUAUAUACAAGGAAGGUGGUAUAAAGAGUCUUCAUGUUACUGGAACCGCGCACACACAGCCUGGAGGUUACGCCUGGAAGGAGGUCGGUAAGGUGAAUUAUAGCUGCGAUAGCUGUUUCGGGAAUCCGGUGCUUGAUUUCUUGGAUCGCAGAGGGACUCUUGCCACUCCGGAGGUGAAAUUGAAAACCCCGGGAUGGUCGGGCUUGUCCUCCCUUGAAGUGCAGAUGCCGCCGAGCAAUCAGCCAUACGCCAACGUAUCCAAAGAUUUCAAUCCAAUCCACGUAUCAAGCAUAUUUGCUUCGUUGGCAGAUCUGCCUGGGACUCUAAGUCACGGAAUGUUGACGUCGGCAGUUACAGUGGCAGCGUUCGAACAUCUUGCUCUUCAUGGGGAUCGGACUCGCCUCCGCUCGUUCACUUCGAGUUUCACUGGUAUGGUCAUGCCACUCGAAAAGCUUGUUGUUCAAAUUCAGCACACAGCCAUGGUGGAGGGGCGCAUGCGCUUUGCGGUUGAGGUGACUCGAAAAGACGGAGGAGAAAGGGUCCUGGAAGGUCAUGCAACGGUGGAUCAGCCAGCCACGGCUUACCUGUUUACGGGACAGGGCAGCCAAAGCAAGGGCAUGGGAAUGGACCUUUAUGAGUCAAGUCCAGUGGCGAAAGCCUUGUGGGACGAGACAGAUGCGCAGCUCUACAAUUGCUAUGGCUGGUCCGUGUUGGACAUCGUCCGCAACAAUCCCAAAUCAAUCACAGUCCAUUUUGGCGGUAAGCGGGGCCGCAAGAUUCGACAGAAUUAUCUAGCUAUUACCACCGAGACUGUCCUUCCGGAUAAUACGCGCAUCGAGACGCCCGCUCUUCCGGGCCUCACGCCUCGCUCGACAUCUUACACGUUCACCGACUCGAGAGGACUACUGUACUCUACUCAAUUCGCCCAACCUGCGAUUCUGCUCUUCGAGGUAGCCGUGAUCGCCGAUUUACGCAGCAAUGGGUACGUGUCGCCCGAUGCAUUGUAUGCCGGCCACUCUCUGGGCGAAUACGGGGCAUUGUCGGCUCUUUCGCAGUCGAUUCCACUGGCAGCGCUGGCCGAGCUAUCCUUCUACCGCGGUGUGAUGAUGCAGGCGUCCGUGGCGCGGGAGCAGGGAGCAGCGUACGGAAUGAUGGCGAUCAAUCCCAAGCGGGUAGGCGUGUUUUUCGACCCCCCUGUAUUGGGGCGGCUGGUUGAGGCAAUUGCCAUGACGAGCUGCGAGUUACUGGAGAUUGUCAAUUACAAUGUCAAGGGGGAGCAAUACGUGUGUUCAGGAACGGACACCAACCUCUGGGUUCUUGGAAAGGUUCUUGACGGGCUAUCACAAUCACCCGAUGGGCCUGAUCAGAUCAAGGAGAUGAUGAAUGACGAGAAGGGGACGCGGGUGGUCGAUGCAACAAUCAAGGGAUUACUCGCUGCGGCACACGGGCUUCCCAGGCCCAUUCAGCUGCAACGGGGAACAGCAAGCAUCCCCCUGCAGGGGAUCGAUGUUCCCUUCCAUUCGAGUCACUUGAAGUCAACUGUGGAUCGGUUUCGACAGUGCCUGCUUAGGCCGGGCUUCUUACAGGGAAAUGUUAACAUGGCGGAUUUGGAGGGGCGAUACAUCCCGAAUGUCAUGGCGAAGCCGUUCGCGGCGAAUGAGGACUAUGUGCGGGAAGUGUACGCGGUGACGCAGAGUCCGAUCCUGGGAGAGAUAUUGGGGGUUACUGCAUAG